AUGGUCUGCACAAAGUGCCAAAAGCUCGGCAAGGGCUCCACGACCCUCGCGACGCCCUCUGUCAAAAAGAAGAGCGAAAUCUACCACGGCUCCUCCUCGUCCUCGUCUUCCUCCGCCACCAAGUCCGCUACGCUGGGCACGACCGGCAUCGGCAAGAGCAAGCUGCUCUCCAAAGCUGCCAAGAACCCUUACGCCCAGUACUCCAGCGCCUGCUCGAAGUGCAAGACAAAGGUCUCUCAGGGCCACUCCCUCUGCCAGUCGUGCGCCUAUCGAGCCGACUCGUGCGCUUCGUGCGGGAAGCCGAACAAGAAGGCCAAAGGGGCUGCUCCGUCGAUCGCGGGACAAAAGUUCACGUUGAAGUGA